AUGCAGCUCUCCACUCUGGCACUCCUGCUCGGCGCGCAGCUGGUAUCCGGCCACUUUGAACUCACGUACCCGACCUGGCGAGGCGACUCCUUCCUCCCUCCGGCAUCUCAAUACGUGUUCCCAUGCGCAAACGUCAACACCACAGACGCCUCGAACAAUAACCGCACCCUGUGGCCGCUCGACGGAGGCUCCCUCAAGAUCGAAUUCCACCACCCAUGGACCUACGUCGCCUUCAACCUGGGUCUUGGCUCGAAUACCAACACGUUCAACAUCUCGCUCAAUCCCAUGCUCUUGAACGAGACGGGCAACGGCACCAUCUGCAUUCCAAAGUGGCAACUGCCCGCCGACUUGGGCAUCGAGGACGGCACGGACGCCAGCUUGCAGAUCAUCACCAUCGGCGACAGUGGCACGGCACUAUACAACUGCGCGGACAUUCGAUUCUCUACAGACGCAACGCUCCUGAGCGGCGAUCAAUGCCAGAACACGACCGGCCUCGAAUUGUACCCGCUCGUGCAACAGCAAGCCAACGGUUCCACCGAGGGCGCGGCUGCAACAGUCACAGUGACGGCGAGUGCCGCAGGAGCUUCGCCGACCAGUGCUGCCAUGGGCAUGAGCGCGCCAGGCUUGGGUAGCUUCGCUUUGGGCACGAUUCUCAGCGUCGCGCUUAUACUGGUUUCGUAG